CCAUGACGACCGCCAUCUUGGAGCGUCUGAGCACGCUGUCGGUGAGCGGGCAGCAGCUGCGCCGCCUUCCCAAGAUCCUCGAGGGCUGCCUUCCCAAGAUGCCUUGCACCGUCCCGGAGAGCGACGUGCCGCCGCUCUUCCGCGAGCCCUACAUCCACGCCGGCUACCGGCCCACGGGCCACGAGUGGCGCUACUACUUCCUCAGCCUCUUCCAGAAACACAACGAGGUCGUCAACGUCUGGACUCACCUGCUGGCGGCUCUGGCUGUGCUCUUGAGAUUCUGGGCCUUCGCCGAGGCUGAGGUGCUGCCGUGGACCUCUCCGCAUUCCCUGCCCCUGCUCGUUUACAUCCUGUCUUCCUUCACCUAUCUCACGUGCAGCCUUCUGGCGCACCUGCUGCAGUCCAAGUCGGAGCUCUCGCACUACACCUUCUACUUUGUAGACUACGUGGGUGUGAGCGUGUACCAGUAUGGCAGUGCCUUGGCCCACUUCUUCUACAGCUCCGACCAGGCCUGGUAUGAGCUGUUCUGGCUCUUCUUCCUGCCCGCCGCAGCUUUCUGUGCCUGGUUGUCUUGCACGGGCUGUUGCUACGCCAAGUAUCGUUACCGGAGGCCUUACCCAGUCAUGAGGAAGAUCUGCCAGGUGGUCCCCGCGGGGCUGGCCUUCGUCCUGGACAUCAGCCCCGUCGCGCACCGCGUGGCGCUCUGCCACCUGGCUGGCUGUCAGGAGCAAGCCGCCUGGUACCACACCCUCCAGAUUGUUUUCUUUCUGGUCAGCGCCUACUUCUUCUCCUGCCCGGUGCCUGAGAAGUACUUCCCCGGCUCCUGUGACAUCGUGGGCCACGGGCAUCAGAUCUUCCAUGCCUUUCUGUCCGUCUGCACGCUCUCCCAACUAGAGGCCAUCCUCCUGGACUUCCAGGGGCGCCAGGAGAUCUUCCUGCAGCGCCACAGCCCUCUGGCCGUCUACACGGCCUGCCUGUCCUUCUUUUUCUUGACUGCCUGCAGCGCCGUCACAGCAGCCUUCCUGAGGCACAAAGUCAAGUCCAGACUGAUGGCCAAGAAGGAUUCCUGA